AUGCAGCCGAAGUCCACACAGGACAGACCCCGUGCUAGGCUAAGAACAGGAGUAAGAGGAUCGUGCAUAAAAGGAGGCAUAGAUCAAGCUCUCGACGAAGGCACGACGCCCACGAAGAUAGAGAUCGAGACAGUUAUCCACGUAAGAGAGGUCGUCGUCAUAGCAGCAGCAGAGAAACAUCACCAUCUAAAAGAAGAGAAAGAAGAGACAGAGACAGGGAGAGGGACAGGGACAGGGAGAGGGACAGGGAGAGAGACAGGGAGAGGGAGAGGGAGAGGGAGAGAGACAGGAGAGACAGAGACAGGGACAGGGACAGAGAGAGAGACAGGGAGAGAGACAGGGAGAGGGAUAGAUAUAGGAGGCAUACAAGAGAAGGAGACAGAGAUAGGGACAGAGACAGGGACAGGGAGAGGGACAGGGAGAGAGACAGGGAGAGGGAGAGAAGGGAGAGGGAAGGAGACAGGAGAGGAGACAGAUAUUCUCCUUAUAGGAAGAAUCAUAGUUGAUAAUGUAUCUGAAUCUCCUCGUGUAGGAGGAGGGUAUGGAGAUGCAGCAGCAGCAGCAGCAGCAGAUGCAGCAGAUGCAGCAGAUGCAGCAGCAGCAGAUGCAGCAGCAGCAGCAGAUGCAGCAGCAGAAUCAUUAUUUGCUGCAGCAGCAGGAGAGGAAGGAAUAUCAUCACCAUUAAGUGUAUCAGAUAACGAGGAAGCAACAAAGGCAGCAGCAGAGGAAGCAGCAGCAGCAGCAGCAAAAGUAGAGGAAGAAAAUGCAUUAAAAGAAGCAGCAGAACAAGGAACACAAGGAGCAGGAGGAGGAGGAGGAGGAGGAGGAGGAGGAGGAGGAGGAGGAGUACGUCCCUCUUCUUCCUCCUCCUCCUCUUCCUCCUCGUCAUUGGAUAUGUCUUUGUUACAAAAGAUGAUUGGCGAACAAAAAUUAAAAUUGCGUAACUUUGUUAUACGCAUGAGGGAAGAACAUGAUAAUAAAUCUGCUGCUGCUGCUGCUGCUGCUGCAGAUAAUAAUAAUAAUAAUAAUAAUAAUACAACAGGAGCAGGAGGAGGAGGAGGAGAAGAGGAAGAAGAUGAUGGUAUGAUGGAUGAGGAUGAGUUGGAUAUGUUUUCUGCAGCACCAAUAAGAAGAAGACGUCGUGGUAAUCGUGCAGCAUUAGCAGCAGCAGCAACAGCAGCAGCAACAGCAGCAGCAAAUAUGACAGCAUUAGAUGAUAGUAUAGAUGAGGAAGGAUAUUAUAAAGCAACAGUCAUUUCUGUUUAG